AUGAGUGACGGGAUGAGGACGAAGGCGAGGUCUCCUCGACACCAUCAACUUCUCUCGCUCGUGCUGUUUGAGCUGCUUGCCAGGAUGGCCCUGUCCUCAAAGGAAGAUAUCCGCCGCCAGCUCAACCUGAAGAACCUCCAGCGGCACGACCCAGCGAUUGACCGCAUCGUCAGUUCAGCGAGUUAUGCCAGCGUCUACGACAACAAGGGCGACGGCUGGGUCAAGACGGGAGUCGAAGGACCCAUGUUCCUCUUUGCGCGCUCGACCUCUCCGCACUACGGCUUCUUCAUCUUGAACCGCAACGGCCUCGAAUACGUUCAGGAGUUCUUGACGCCAGAAUCCGAGGUGCAGGUCGGAGGAGAGUUCAUCCUGUAUGAGGGAGGCCAGGAUGCAGACCGAGCUACCGGAAUCUGGGUGUUCGAGGAGAAGGAGCGAGUCGAGCUGUGCAAGCAGAUGGAGGAGCUGAGAUCUCGCGCCGCUGCCAUCGCCUCAGCGUCCGCGCAAAGCCCGCCUUCAACUAGCGCGCUUCCCGCCUCUUCCCCUCUUCCCGUCGGCCAGUCAAUCUCCCUCGACAUGCUCUUCCAAGCGGCAUCACCUACACCUGUAGCGCCUUUGCUUCCCCAGCAGACCGCCCAACAGCAGGCCUCAAACCCGCUCGACGCCCUCUUCGCCUCCGCCAGCAUCUCUCCUUCUCCUGCCCGAGCGGUUCUCCCUCCUUCUCAGCCGCAGCCUGUUCCGCCUUCCGCGUCAAAGCUUCCUUCAACGCUUGAGCAGCUCUUUGCGGCUGCAUCGCCAACUCCUCAAGCAGCUCGUCUGCCAGCGCAGAUGCCGCCUCAAUCGCCUCCGCAGCAGCCUGCAGGCGGGAUGGCGUUGCUCGACUCGAUCUUUGCGUCGGCGAAGAGCGUCCCAUCACCUCAGCAAGCUCCGGCAUACCUCCCUCACCCCGUUCCUUCUCCACAAAUCGCGCAUCCCACCCAGCCCUCGACGCAGUCCUCUCUCCCUUACUCUCCCGCGCCUUCCGCCGCCCAACCUCCCGCUCCUCCCGCGCCAGCUUCGCAACCCAACGACGCCCGCGCCCUCCUCGCCAUGCUCGGCCACCCCCUCUCUCCUCCCGCCCCGCCCAGUCAACCUGUCCAAGCAUACCCGCUCGUGAACGGCGACAUCUCGCUCGCCGGCUCGUCGACGGCAGCAAAGUCACCUCCUGCGCCUCACAGCGCGACCUACCCUCAGCCGUUCGCGAUGGACCAGCAGCCUUCGACCACGUUGUCAAAGUCGCCGUCAGCGCAGCGUGACGAGCCGAAGAAGGAGGAGAAGCAGUCACAGGGGCAAGGGCAGAAGCAGCCGAUGUUUGCGCCGCCCGUGUUGAGCCACGAUAUUUUUGCGAGCUUGCCGCUGCCGGGUGGCGCGGCCAAGAAGAAGACGGAAGUGGCGAAGGACGCGGAGAUGCCGGUGCAGGUCGAAACUGCGAAGGUGCCGGCGAAGGAGGAGCAGGACGUCCGGCCGAAUGGCGACGAACUGGCGCCCGAGCCACAGCGAGAUGUCGAAGGUGCCGCCGCUGAGCCUGCGAAGACGAUUCCGUCUCCGCCUGCCGCGCCCGUGACUGUCAAGUUGCCCAUCUUGCCGCCUCAACUCGCUCGCCAGUCAUCCUCGCAGCAGCCCCUCCUCCUCGACAAGUCCGACAUCACCUCGUUUGUCAACGGAGCGGCGACAAACGCAGCGGUGGGAAUGGCCGACGGAGCUGGACCGAUCGAGAAGGACGAGUUCAUCAAGAGGAAACCGAGCCUGUCGAUGCAGCUGUACGGGAAGUACCUCGAGCGGUACGAGGAGCAGCACGAGUAG